CAGAGUCAUAGCUCUGCAUGGUCGUGUCUUGCAAUCUUAAGCUACGCCUAAAACUUGUUUCUGCCUCGAAAUUUCCUUUUACUUCUUAGUUUAUUUGCUUUUUUUUUUUUUUAAUUCCUAUAGAUAUAUUUUGUUGAGAUCGGAUACCUUCUAAUCUCACAAUUUUUAUUUCAUAUAAAAUUUUUUGAGAAUUUCCAAAGAAAAAAAGAUUCUCGUGGCGGAUUCCCCUACCACUGGUAGAUUUUCUUAUUUUUUGGGUUCUUCUCCAACAAUUACUUAUUGUUUCCCUGGAAAAUUUUCUCUUCUUCUCAGGGUUGGUUUUUUUAGGAGAGACAUGGUAUUGAAAAGCUGGGGUGUUGGUGAUUGAAGGCAAUUGGGCCACAACCAAAUCGGGCUCCCUUGUGCUAUAGUAAUUUUACUUCGUUUAUGAUUUGGCCCUGCUAGGCUAAAUUGUCACUUCUCAGUAUGAACAACCAAUAUGGUGAAGAAAAAGAUGAAGCAACUGUCAUGGGGUUUGAAGUUCCAAGAUCACCUGAUUCAAGUUAUAAUAAUGUGUACCCUGGAAAUGAAGAUGAUGCACGCGACCCGCCAGUUGUCCCUUCACACCUGCAUCAUACCUUGCUUGGCUACCCCGCAAGUAUGAAUGCUUCUGGGAGUCUUCCUAUGCCAGGAAAUGUGAUUCUAAAUCAUCUUUAUAUUGAAAAGCGAGAGGCACCAAGAUCUGUGGUGGCACUUGGGUUCACUCACCGCUUCCGUUCGAAGUAUGUUACUGUUGUGCUAUACAAACCUGUUCCAAGAAGGGGGAGUACCAGUACUCAACAUAUGAAUAGAGAAUAGACCUUCACGUUGGGUUGGUUGGUUUGCCCUUGUGAUGGAAUUAGUUGCAAUAAACUCAAAUACAGAAUUAGCAAAAAGAAUAUUUAUUGGUUUCAGGGCAAUUGAUGAUUUAAUAGUUGUCCAUUGAACCUGAAAGUUAACAUUUGAAUUGAAAUACCAGUUAUUUUGUGAGGGUGGAGUUGCUAUAUAUACAUAUGCUCUCUCGUUAUUCUUUUAACCAGAAUUUGUAGUGUUGUGAUCUUGUUUGCUGCCUAGGUAUAGUUCUAAACUUAAAGCUCUUGUAUUUUGUAGGCAUUGAAUUAAUGGAUUGGUUCAGUUUGAUGGGUAUUCCUGCCAUCAGAUACCCUUCUUUUGUGUUUUA